GUGGGGAGGGACCACACCAAGAUAAACAACCAUUUUUCCGUUGAUUCUCCAUUCGCCCCAGUCAAUCAAGAUGGAGACGAAGGAGUGGUCCGAUCUUCCAAAGGAGCUAUGGCCGGCAAUCGGAAAUCGCCUCGACAACCGCCUCGACGUUCUCCGAUUUCGCAGCGUCUGCAAGACAUGGCGCUCCUCCGUCUCCCCUUUUCAACAACCCGUUACCCCUCCUCUGCCCCUCAGCUUCUCUUCCCCUCCCGCCGGCGAGGAUGGCGGAGCUCUGCAGACUCAACCCAAAGCCCUACUCUUUCAAAUCAAAGUCUAUCGGAUGGAAUCGCUCGUCGGCGAAAAACCCAAUUCGUCAAAACCGUGGGUGGUGAAGUUUGAGGAGUCGAGUUCCGGGGACUUGCGAUUGCUGCAUCCAAUCAGUAACAAGCCACUCAGGUUUUCCCCUGCAUCUAACUCUUUAAAGGAAUUCAAUUUGUUGGACUUUAAGAUGGUCGAAUUGCAAAAAUCGUAUAGUCUGCAGUUUAGGAAUAGUCUCAAUGUUGUUACGGCUUGUGUGAACAAAGUGGUAGUCAUGGAUGCAAAGAAGUUGAAUGAUUGUGGUAUUUUUAUGAUUUGCAAUGGCGGAAAGUUGGGUUUCUUGAGAUUCGGGGAUGAGAAAUGGACCCAUGUGGAUGAACAAAACUCACACUAUGAUGAUCUUAUUGUGUAUAAGGGUCAAUGCUAUGUUGUUGAUAGAUGGGGAACAAUUUCAUGGGUCAAUUCUGAUUUGAAUGUGAUCCAAUUUUCGCCUCCGUUAUGUGGGUUUGGCGGGCGAAAGCAUUUGGUUGAGUCUUGUGGCGAUCUCUUCGUUGUUGAUCGGUACCUUGACAAGUGUGAAAUGGAAAGGUUCCCAGAGCACAAUGUUGAGAAUGAAAAUGUUAGUGUUUUUGGCCCUAAUUUUCAAGCUCCUCCUCAUCCUUUCGCCUCUUCUGUUGACGGCGAGGCUGUUGAUUUUAAAGUUUAUAGGCUGGAUCAAGAAUGGGGUAGGUGGGUUGAUGUGAAAAACUUGGGAGAUCAAGUGUUUAUUUUGAGCAAUGAUGGGUCUUUCGCCGUAUCCACCAGAGACGUUGGUAGAGUGAAGGGAAAUUGCAUUUUAUUCACUGAUCAAAAGCUUCCUCAUUUACACGGAAUUGGGGGAUCAAAAAGGUGUAACACUCGCGUGUUCAUGCUAGAGAGUGGCAUCAUUCGGGACGGACAUGCUUUGUCCGCCUUUAACAAAAUGCUCCAUCCACCAUCCAGUUGGCUCCGCCCUGUUCUUGAUUUCCGUCGGCAUCGGCUUGCUGACUGAUUAAUGGAUAUUGCUGACAGCGAUUGAAGACACAUUUUCUGCAUCUCUCGGAGGCGGAAUAUCCAGUAUCCAGUUUCUCAUGAAGAGUGAUUUGUAGAAUCAUCUGCUGUGAAACUAGUGUAAAAUCAUCAAUCUAGUUUAUCCGAUGUGUAAGCAUGCGGUUUAUCGAUGUUAUUGUGGAUGUAUGUAUGCAGAUUAUGCAAUCCGUUUCUUCGUUGAACUCAAAUCUUUACAUGUAAUUGGUAAUGUAAUGCGUUUCUUGAAUAAGAUUCCCCUCCUCACCCACCCC